AUGUCCGCCACAACAUCAAAAGAUGUCGCCGACGAUGAGUUGUGCGAUAUCAUGUCGCUUCCUUCUAGUAUCGAGGAUGGCGAUGAUGACAUCGACGAUAUAUCAACGACCUCGACUGUCAUCGAUUAUUUCAAGUCAGAAGGCCGGGGCGAAUCUGACAACCCGGAGAAUAUGGACCUCGACAUAGAAGAUCCAGAAAAACUGUGGGAAAUCGAAGCCGUCGCUGCCGAGAGGCGGAACAGUGCGGGCAAGAUGAGAUAUCUUGUCCACUGGGUAGGGUUUCCAAUCUAUAGAAGCACCUGGGAGGUGGCCGAAAACUUUCCCGAAGACGGUUUGGACGAUUGGGAACGUACAAAGGCCGAGAUUGCGGCUGGCUUGAAAGAACCCUUCAAGAAGGAGAUAUUACGAUGGCGAGAUGCGGUAAACAUGCAGAAUGAGAAGCGGUUGAAGAGAAACGCCAAACGAAAAAGACUUGGCAUUCCUUACAAGAGCCUCUACGACUACGAACAACCAUUUCGGACUGAUUGGGAGAUGGAUUUGAAUGAAUCAGACGACGACGAUUCGGUCAUGGACGAGAGAUCUGAGACUGCGGGUCAAGCGGAUGGAAUUAUUGUUUGCGGUUCCAGUAGCGACGAAGCAGAGGAAGAUGACACGGUCGAUGACGCGGGGAGCCGGCAUCUACCAGAGACAAAACAGCGACGGCAAAGGGAAAAUCGCAUCUUCAAGGGAAUCAUUGAAUCAUCGACGCCCACCAGGUCCAAGAAUAAGGUUAGUAGCACAAACGCGAGCACCAGUAAUCAACCGCGAAAGCGGGUUAAUCUCGGUGGAAAGUCGCCAGCAUCUUCAAGCUCUACUCCGGAUCAAAGCAUCACUAGCCCGCGAUCUCCUUCAACAUUGCCAAAAUCAAAAGCCAUCACUGCAAAACCAUCCGCCACAGGAUAUCAAGGGACUGCACGAAGACAUACCGAUCAGCCAAGGGAGCGAGCGUCUGCAACUGGCUAUCAAGGUACUGCACAAAGGGCAACGACAAAUGGUGCUGCAGGCCACAGGCCGGCGAAGUCAAACAGGAUUGCUUUUACGGCAGUUACGAACUCCAAGGGUAUGACUGCUCGCAGGACGGUGUCCAGGCCAACUACAAUGACCAACGUCACUAGGAUCAAUAUAUCCACCUUGAGGAAACCCAGGCGGAAGUCGUUCUUAGCCUCGGAUGCAGAUGCGGCCGCUCAAAGUAAUUCUAGUAAACAGUUUGUCAGUCUCUCAACCCGACGCAGAGUAGAGCUUCGAAGCCGAAACAAGGAAAACGAUGCUCCCACUGCUGCCGAGAUGGAAGGCAGGCUGUUCAAUCCCGCCCUAGGCCCGCCAGCCUCGAACCCCCCUGUCACAAAGCCGCCUCCGUUGGAUCAGACCCUAGGCUCCCGUAAAAAGUCUACCGUGGCCGGCCCGGUCGGGCAAACAUCCAAGGCCAAGCGAAAGUCUGUUCACUUCGUUCCGGAUGAUGACGACCCGAUUCCCGCCACCUUUACGGGAUCGCGAGUCUUCGCAGAACCAGAAGAGAUGGACGUGACCGAGGAUAGUCCAAUGAUGAAUAUAGGGUAUUCAUUAGAAAUGGAAAUUGAUUCGCUAGAACCAUCAGGGCAGGAUAAUGCCGAUCCCGCAUGCCCCGCGACUCCCACUCGGAAUGUCACGUUUGCGGAAUACCAAGCAGAUAAAACAGCACUUAGGAGCGUUCAGAUCAAUGCUGGUUUUGGUUCCAGCUCACCUUUGGAGGUCUUAUUCAAUGGAAUUCCCAUUGAUUCCGAUCAUCGUGUUCACGAUCGACAAUGGCUGACAGAGUUUCUCACUGGAGAAAUGCUGUGGUUUCGCUAUCAAUGCCUUGCUGAACUCCUGCUGAAGCGUCUUGACCAAAUAAGGCCAUCCCGGAAGAAUCACUGCUCCGGAAGCAUCACAGGCAAGGACGACGAAACCGAUAAAAUGCUUACAAAUGUCGCAGAGCGACUCAAGGCGGGCGGAAAUGGGCUUUUGCUUAGCCGUGUCCACUUUGCAGUGCUUGUUUACCCUGCCAAUUGCGAUCAAUGGGCCUCGGACAGUCUGGACGGCGAAGAAAAGGAACCAGAUAUGGCUGUGCUAAGAUACGUCUUGUUUACUCCAGCAGAUGACCUUUCGUUGAUGCUGCAAGGCCUGGACACGCCGCCUACAGCUACCGAGCCAACGAUUUGCAACAACCGUGUUUGUUUCAUGGAUCAUUUGUUUGGUUUAGGCAAGUCUGUGUUUGACAGACUGGUCAGCCCUGCUCCUCCGGGCGUCACUGGAAACGCCCGAUUUUACUUGAUAUUCCCUCCAACCUGUGCAGCAGAAAGUUUUCAAGUUAGCCUGUGGAUCCGUGCCUGCAACCCGGAUGCAGAGGUCUAUACUGCUCAUCUUCCAGGCAGCUGGCGAGCUUUCUUACGCAGCCUGGAGCCGACUUCGUCUGCCUCGGUGAUAGUUCAUGAGGCUGCUGUCAGGACCCUUAGGCGACUACCAAAGCUGCGAUUGUUUCUGGAAAACGGUCGGUAUUGGGUUUGGCGCUGGCCAGACAAAGCAAACCUGUGGAAUUCGCUCGAUGCGCAACCAGAGCGUCUUUUCCCCUUUGGUCAUGUUACGCUGCUGACGCCAAGUUUUGUGCUUUCGGAGCCUAGACUAGCCUUAGAGACCAUAAGGGAGCAUGUGCGCAACAAACAAAAGGCCAUCAUGGUCUCUCACGAUUUCGUGAACUGGGUAUGCGACUUGGCGGCAGAGAAAUCGUGCCUAAGGCAAGAUAUCUUGCGAGAUGCUCGGCUCUCAGACAAGGAGCGCGAGAAUACGGCUACCCUGAGGGGCGUCUCCAUGGACGACUGUCAAGCUAUGUCCCAACUGGCACACGAAAUUCUCGAAACUUCAGGGCCGAUGAUUGAUCGGUUCCCGGAAGAAUCCUAUAUGAGCAAUGUUCUAUUCGCAGAGCAAUGCAUUGAUGCCAACGACGAACAGAGCCUGGUCAACUGGUUUGGAUGGUGGUCCAUUGUGAACGCUGAAAAGUUCCGGAAGUUCAACGUGCUUGGGACGAGGAAUGGCAGCAAGAUCUUUUGCCGGAAGCGAGCGCUUCUCAAGAUUCCUAGCUUUACCAGUAACACCCCCAAUGAUCCCGACAGUUUGCUGCGAAAGAUCCGAGAGGAAGAGAGCAAGAAGGAGGCCGAGCUGUCGGGAGCGAGGUUCAAAGCCGCCGGCCAACCUGCGGCAACUGCCGGUUCUGCACCGCCGUCAGUACAACAGAACCCGACGCCCGAUUUGACUGUAUUUCGAAGCGAAAGGAUACUCCAGGAAGUUCCUAAGGCAUUUCUCGAAGAGCUCAACCGCAUUCAAAGCCACCGGGAUCGAAAGACCAAACCAGGAAUAUGGCGGCUGUUUGCAUUUCCGAUUUACUGGAAAGAUAGCGAUGAGCUAUUCCAACAUGGCCGGAUGGGCAGCAAAACAGACAACUUGAUACGACAAUGGUUUGACUAUACAUGGGCAUUUAAUAGAACGUACAGGGUCUACGUUGGCUUCUGCUACACGGUAGAGGACUCUUUCAACCCAACAACGUCGGCAAGGGGUCAGCGAGCGCCGCGCCGGCCUUGGCUUGUGGUAUACCGGAUCAAUGAGGCGGGUGUUACGGAGCAGUCAUCAAGGACGCCGACAGAAAUCAUCAUUCUGGACCCUGUCCCUACCAUUGAUACGCCCGAAAAGUAUAUCCUAGAGGAUUGCUUGCCAAGCGCGCAGCAGGCCCUCAUAAACCACAUACGCAAGCACGAGGGCGACAAGAAACAUUGCGAAAAGGUACAGGGUAAUAAAACUGUCUUCACUCACAAAAUGCCGCCACAGAAAUUGGCCAAUAUCUGGGUAACAGGAAUGCCGCAAACUGUUGCAGGUCUGUCGCCAGUAGAUCAAUGCCUGAGGCUGGUUGAGAAGCUAAUUGAUAACCUUGAUAUACUGCCAUUAUCUUCUGACCAGUUGGUGCGGAUGGGGUUCAAGUUGGUCUCUAAGGGCCAACCGCCCUCUACUCAUUCCGCCUCUUCCGGCAAUGAUGUUAGUCUCGAUGGGAAUCCUGAUGGUCCCAUUGAGCUGGAAAACAAAAUCGUUUUCCACCCACCGGUACCUGACGCGUCCUUCAAAGGGACCAGCAAGUGCAGAAACCGGCUGUUCGAGGCAGCGCGGCUGGCACGGGUCAGGGACGAAAACGCCACGCACAUGACUUAUGAGUACCGCCCAACGUUGGAGUGGUACGGAGAGCAGCGGCUUGAGGGCAGGGGCUGGGAGCACGUCUGGGUGGGCACAUACGAGAAGUUGUAUUCGUCACGGCAAAAGAUGAAAGGCUCCAACAGAGCAGGCGCUGCCAGUGGUAGUGCCUUGGAAAUGAAAGACUAG